AUGGAUGCUACAGUGGGCACCGCGUCUGAUGAAGAAGCUGGGCUCCCUUAUCUCAGCGAGUCGAUCCUGGCCAUCGAUGUCAAAGAUCGGAGCACCUUAGGAUGCAGCGUCUUCUGCACUACAGACGGCGUCUUGAAGAUAGGAGCUGACAUCUCUAUGGCGGGCGAAGAUGUGGUGGAGCAAUUUCUCAGCUAUGCGCAACCAACCACGAUUCUGGUUUCACGGCGAGUCCCAGAAUCAACCUUUGCCUUCAUUGAAAAGCAUGCUGGGAGGAUUAUCAAAGAAGUUACUUUACGCCUGGUGUCUCCCUCUGACUUCUCUCACACAUUUGCCUGUGAAGAAUUAUCAUCACUCGAUACUCAUGGGAUCUGCUCGUUCCGAACUACAUCAUCUGCCAAUGUGGAUGGGCAAUGUGUUAAGAGUAGUAUCCAGGCUCUGCAGGAACAUGACCGUCAAGAACCUCAGUGCAUGAAGCUAGUCCGUUGCAGCUCUUUAAUUGACCUCGACAACAUUUCAUCCUUGAGCUGCGCCGGUGCCGUUCUCAUAUACCUACACCGACGGCGGUCACUCGUAUCUCCAUCUAGCAAUUCUAGCAUGGGGUAUAUGUUUAAUGUGAGAUCCGUUACACUAUUCACCUUGUCAGACUAUGUUUUCAUCAGUGAAGAGUCUAGACUCUCCCUACAAAUCAUCAAUCACGAGUCACACCCAAAUAGUCAGACUUGGAGUGUCGACUCCAAAAGUUCAGUUGAAAAGGAGAAUAUCUCUAUUUAUGGUUUAUUCCAUCCGCUAGCCUCCACACCGCAGGGUCGGUCUCACCUGCGAUACAUGUUCCUAAGGCCAAUUUCGAAUCUUGAUAUCCUCUCCGAGAGGCACCAAACGAUUUCACUGCUCCUCCAGCCCAGCAAUGAGGAGAAGAAGAAACGUGCUGUUGCUAUUUUACGGAAGAUGGGCAACAUAAUCGACAGAAUCGUCCCGGUAUCUCUUACUCUGGUGGGCGACAUGAUCAACAGAGCCAUCAACUUUAAUGAAACCAAGUCCCAGCAGUAUUGUUCAGUUAUGCCUGGCGUGGAUACCGAAUUGGAUGCGUUAAAACGACAAUACGACGGCAUGAGUAGCUUCUUGACAGCAGUCGUCAACCGUGUUGCUGAAGAUUUGCCAGUGUGGGCACGUCAAUACAUCCAAUCAUGCGUGUUCCUUCCCCAGCUUGGGUUUUUAACCGUAGUUGAGCAGGAGUCUCAGCUAGGAAACGACAUAUUUAAUGGGGGAAGUGUAAAUGAUAACUCAUGGAAGAAGUCUUUCACUCACAACGGGACGGCCUAUUAUAAAAACCGUCAUAUGGAAGAUUUGGACAGAUAUUACGGGGAUAUGUACUCCAAGAUAAGUGAUAAGGAAGUUGAGGUGAUGCAAAAGCUGGCUUCAAAUGUCAUUGUUCACGAGAAAGCUCUCUUGGAAGCUGCAGACUUAUGUGGAGAAUUUGAUGCACUUCUAGCUCUUGCGAUCGGCGCUGCAAAGUAUGACUGGCAUGCUCCCCAGAUGACAGCUGCCAAUGUCAUUCAUAUCAAGGGUGGGAGGCACCCACUCCAAGAGCUACUGGUGCCAUCAUUUGUGCCAAAUGACUGUUUUAUUGGGGAUGAGGGUAUGGCCCCAGGACGAGGGACUCAAGCACUGGUUCUGACUGGCCCAAAUCAAUCGGGAAAAAGCGUUUACAUUAAGCAGGUUGCCGUAAUUGUUUAUCUUGCGCACAUCGGAAGCUUUGUGCCCGCUGAAGCAGCUCUUAUCGGCACUGUGGAUAAAAUAUUGACUCGGAUGCCGUCGCGAGAAAGCGUUUCCCGCAUAGGGAGCACAUUUGCACUAGAUCUCAAACAAGUCUUCCAAGCCAUGAAAUACUCUACAUCGCGAAGCCUGGUUCUUAUGGAUGAGUUUGGAAAUGGGACUGCGGCUGAUGGCGGUGCUGGAAUGUUUACAGCAAUGCUGGACUAUUUCCUUUCUCCCGCAACAGCAAUACCAAAACUAUUGGUUGCUACACAUUUCCAUGAAGUGUUUUCACAUGGCUAUUUAAACCAGCAUAAGCAGCUCUCCUUAAUGCACAUGGAAGUGAGGAGCGACAUAAACGCUGCCGAUGCAGAAGAUAAAGUCACGUACUUAUUUAAGCUAAGUAAAGGUUGUGGCUUGAUGAGUUUAGGAAGCCAAUGUGCCGUGUUAAAUGGAAUACCUGAAGAUAUAAUUAACCGCGCCCAAGUAAUAGGGGAAAUAAUAAUCAAGUAUAUUCCUUUUAUAAUACAGAAAGCUUAG